AUGGUUAAUUUCUGGCCGCUUCGACUUUCCGAUGCUGUGACUUACACUCGAUUCCCUCUUGAGGGCUACUCGGUGAGCUUUGGAAUUGAGGGAGUGGGAAACGCUGAGCUUUCCAUCAGCAGGUAUGAGUGGUUCAUCUAUCGGUGGUACGACGAGCAAAGGAAGGCUGGAAAGCUCAGGGGCAAUGCCUUCGACGCUCUCUCGCUCUGCUACAACAUCAUCAGGAACUCUAACGAGGACGAGACAGAGCGAGGCAUCCUCUGGUACGAGGAUAUGCUUGGCCUCGGCGAAACAGUUGAGCUCCUCAUGGGAUACGCCAACAUCCUCUACAACCGCGGUAGGUACGAGGAAGCCAUUAAGGCAUACAACAAAGAUAAUGUAGACGAAGCCAUAGUCUGGUACAAGAAGGCCAUCGAGGUGAAUCCACGCUACAGCUACGCAUACAACAACCUGGGUAACAUCUACAAGGGCAGGCAAGAGUAUCAGAAGGCCAUUGAUUGCUACAAAAGUGCAGUUGACAACCUCUCCACCUAUACACUAGCUCUCGCCAACAUGGCCAUCUGCCUCCUCCAGCUGGAAAAGUAUCAAGAGGCUUUUGCUGCAUUUCAGCGAGCCAAGGAAAUAUUACCCACCGAUAACAACAACCUUAGCGAAUCCAACAAAGCCUUCUUGAAGCAGAACUUGGAAAAAUUCGACAAGGAGGGGCAGAAGUGGCGUAAAAUGGGUUCCAUCAACAACGAGCUCAAAGAGGCCCUCAAAUCCUCAUCAAAUCCUUCGAGUCUAACUUUAAACAACUCUACUCCAGCUAGGCCUCGCUUGCUGUAA